AUGAACAUUGUGAGAAAACUCAAUUUAAUGAUACCGUGGAGUAUAUUCUUGCUUCAUAUACUGCUGUUUUCAUUACAAGGUUAUAUUUGUACUUCAUCCAUCUUGACGAGAACAUCAAAAAACGGGUUUAAUGAAAAUCAACAGAAAAGAGCUCUUUUAGCAGCCCAGUUUGAAGCAACUUCUCCAAGAUAUUUCUUCCAUGAAGCUAUUAAUUGGGGUGAGAGUAAAAUAAAAGGUUCUUGUCCUCAUGAAUGCCUUAACGGAGCUUUCUGUUCUAAGGCUGGUACAUGUGACUGUCAAAUAUUUCAGGCACUUGGGACACGGUGCCAGAUUGUGCCAAACAUGGGCAGUGGCAGAGAUGGGAUUUGCAAAAGCUGGGGACAGUACCACUUUGAAACUUUUGAUGGCAUCUACUAUUAUUUCCCAGGAAACUGUUCUUACAUCUUUGCGAAGGACUGUGGUAAUUUGGAGCCUCGGUACACUGUAUGGGUUCAUAACAGCCCUAAAUGCCUUGGUUCAGUGUAUUACUGUUAUCGGUCGAUCAGCUUGUUCUUUUCAGACCAAGAGGAAAUUCAAAUUUAUGGGCAUGAAAUAAAAAAGAAUGGAAUCAGUUUAACAUUGCCUCAGACAAUUGGACAGGUUUUCAUUGAGAAACUAGCUGACUAUAUUCUGGUGAAAACAACCUUUGGUUUUUCAUUGGCUUGGGAUGGAAUAUCUGGAAUUUACCUGAAGCUGUCUGAGGAGCAUAAAGGGAAAUCAUGUGGCCUAUGUGCAAACUACAAUGACAUUCAAUCUGAUGAUUUCAUCAUUCAGCAAGAGGACUAUACAGAAGACAUUGCUAUGUUUGCAAAUAGUUGGUUGGUGCAAACUCCAGAUGACCCCAAAUGUGUACCCACACCCUCAGAUUUUCCAAAUCCAUGCUCCAGUGGAAUGCCAGCAUUUGAGGCAAUCUUCUUCAAGUGUCAGAUACUGUUGCAGUUUCCCUUUUUGAGCUGCCAUGAAUAUAUUGAUCCAUAUUUAUAUAUUGCCAGCUGUGUUAAUGAUCUUUGCAAAACUCACGAUGAUGAGACCUAUUGUCGAGCAGCCACCGAGUAUGCUAGAGCCUGUUCCCAUGCUGGCUACCCUAUUCAAGACUGGAGAGAUGACUUUCCAGCAUGCAUUGAUAAAUGUGAUGACAGCUUUGUCCAUCGGGAUUGUAUCAGUUGUUGCCCACCAACCUGCACAUUUGAGGACCAAUGUCUUGGGAGUAAUCUCCAUUGUCUUGACGGAUGUUACUGCGCGGAUGGCCUCAUAAUGGAAAAUGGGACUUGCAUCUCCUUGGAAAAUUGCCCAUGCAGUUUUCAUGGAUUAGCUUAUUCAGUUGGUUCAAAAAUUGAACAAGAAUGUACUGAAUGUGUAUGUGUUGGUGGAAUUUGGAACUGCACUGAGCAUGACUGCCCAGUUCAAUGCUCUGUUGUAGGUGAUUCUCAUUUUACUACUUUUGAUGGUCGACAUUAUUCUUUCAUUGGAAUGUGCCAAUACAUCCUUGUAAAAGGAACUGGAAAAGAUAAAUUCACAAUUACUUUACAGAAAGCUCACUGUGAGCAGAACCUUGGCUUGGUCUGCCUUCAGUCUGUAACUCUAAUUCUGGAGGAUGAUUCCAACAAACAAGUGACCCUUAGUAGGGGAGGACAGAUCCUCACCAGUCCUAACCAGGGAUUCAGUCUGAAUGGAAUUGUUGAAAUUCAGACUCUGUCAUCCUUAUUUAUUCUUCUAAAAACCACGUUUGGUUUAAAGAUUCUGUUUGCUAUAGAUGGGGAAAGAGUUUAUAUUCAGCUCACUAGUGCGUGGAAAAGAAGAACGUUAGGUCUGUGUGGCACGUUUAAUGGGAACAUAAGGGAUGAUUUUCUUUCUCCAUCAGGCAUGAUAGAAGGUACCCCACAACUUCAUGCAAAUGCAUGGAGAGUUUCCUCCACUUGUUUUGCACCUGUUCAUGUUCCUAUGAUGGACCCCUGCAACAUUAAUCAACAAAACAUUGGAUAUGCAGCACACUGUGAUGUUAUCCACCAAGAGCUCUUUGCUCCUUGCCACAUCUAUAUUAGCCCUGGGCUGUACUAUCAGCUAUGCCGCCAUGAUGCAUGCAAGUGCGGAAGCGCCUGCCUAUGCAAUGCUCUUGCCCACUAUGCCUACCUCUGUGGCCAGCAUGGUGUUCCCAUCGAUUUCAGAGCUCAGAUUUCAUUCUGUGGGGUGGUGUGCCAGAAAGGCAUGAUGUACCAUUACUGCUCCACCUUCUGUCGCCGCUCCUGCAUCUCUCUCUCUUCCCCAGAACAGUGUCCUGAUGACUGUGCUGAAGGCUGCAACUGUCCCGAAGGCAAAUACUAUGAAGACACACUUAGCUUUUGUGUGCCCAUAUUUCACUGUCGGUGUCAUUACAGAGGCAGCAUUUACCAACCUGGGGAGCUCAUCCCAACGCUCUCAGGCUUAUGCCAGUGUUCAAAUGGGACUGUGAAAUGUGAUGAAUUAGCAACACCCUCUGCUGUUCACAUCUGCCCCGAGGGAAAACAGUAUUUCGACUGUAGGUUUCCUGACCCUGAAUUACCAGCUGGUGGUGUAAAUUGUGAAACUACGUGUGCAAACCUGGCUAUGAACUUCACUUGUGCCCCAUCAUCACCCUGCAUAAGUGGCUGUGUUUGUGCUCCAGGAAUGGCAGAGCACAAAGGAAAGUGUUACGUUCCUGAAAGCUGUCCGUGUAUCUGGAAAGAUUGGGAGUACCUCUCAGGAGAAGUGAUUGCUACACCAUGUUAUACCUGUGUUUGUCGACGAGGAAUGUUCAACUGCACAUAUUAUCCAUGCCCAGCAGUGUGCACAAUAUAUGGGGACCGUCAUUAUCAUUCUUUUGAUGGACUGGAAUAUGAUUAUAUCAGUGAUUGCCAGGUAUUUUUGAUAAAGAGUACAGAUGAUUCAGAUAUAUCUGUCAUUAGCCAGAACAAGAAAUGCUUUGACAACGAUAUUGUUUGUUCUAAAAGUGUUUUGAUUUCAGUUGGGGACACUGACAUUUACCUGCAUGAUACUCCUUACAAACAGAAACGAUCAGGUUUUUUUCUGGAAAGUAAGCCAACAUACCAGCUUUGGAAGGCAGGGUACUACAUAGUAGUAUACUUUCCAGAGAAAGACAUCACUAUUCUUUGGGAUAAAAAGACAACCAUCCAUAUCAAAGUUGGACCACAGUGGAGGGGCAAAUUAUCAGGAUUAUGUGGAAACUUUGACAAAUGUACUUCAAAUGAUAUGACCACAUCCAAUAACUUAGAAGUGAGAAAUGCCCAGGUAUUUGGAGAUAGUUGGGCAUUAGGACAGUGUGAAACCCCAACUGAAUUAUUUAAACCCUGUGAGGCACAUCAAAACAAAUUUCCUUAUGCCAAGAAAGAAUGCUCCAUUUUGUACAGUGAUGUUUUUGCUCCUUGUCGCAAUGUGAUUGAUGUUACUUCUUUUGCCAAAAAUUGUCAUGAAGACACGUGUAACUGUAACCUUGGUGGGGAUUGUGAAUGUUUAUGCACAAGUGUAGCAGCGUAUGCGUACAAGUGUUGUCAGGAAGGGGUUUCUGUUCACUGGAGAUCAUCUACUAUUUGUUCACUCGAUUGUGACUAUUACAAUGAAGGGCUUGGAGAAGGACCAUAUAUGCUGGCAAGUUAUGGGCAGACUGGCCUUAUUCUGGGGAUCAAUAUGACCAGUAGAAACAUUUUCUCUCUGCCAAGAAGUAGUAUUCAUGGCAAUUUAUUUUUUACUUUUAUGAUCACUCCAGGCCUUUUCAAAGAUAAGGCAUCGUCAUUGGCACUUGUUUCCUUGGAAUCUGCUGAAAGGCCAAACUACUUUCUCUAUGUCCAUGAUGAUGACACUCUUAUUCUGAAACUGUGGGAGGUGAAUUCAGCCUUUCGUCGGAGAGCCACAUUUUUUCACCAUCAGGACCUCUGGAUUCCUGGUUACAGUGCUUUUGAGUUAUGCAGCAAGAAAGGCUUUUUCAUCAUAUUGACAGAUUCUAGUGCCAAAGCAUCAAAAUAUGAUGAUUCUGAAGAAUUUAAACAUUUAAGUAGCUUCAGCAUAGAAGAAAUCCAGGCAGCAGUGCCUUACAGGAGGAUGUGUGAAUGGAGAUAUGAACCUUGUGCCACUCCCUGUUUUAAAACGUGUAGUGACCCUGCAGCUCUAGCAUGUAAAUUUCUUCCACCGGUUGAAGGAUGCUUGCCCUACUGCCCUAAAACUAUGAUCCUUGAUGAAGUCACUCUCAAAUGUGUUUACCCAGAAGACUGCAUACCUCUGAUUCCCACAGAACCAGCAUUAAUUUCUCCAGGUAAGCCAUCUCUACCCAUGUUUACAGUGUGGUAAAUGAUUACUCCAUCAGACUUCACUGCGAUUGACAAGCUAACACCUACGCCAGGUUUGGAAUGUGAGCCUCAAGAAUUUGAUCCUGUUUAUAAUUGUACCCAAUAUAUAUGCCUUGAUAAGGAAUGGAAGUUGUACAACUGGUCUCUUAAUUGCCCAAAGGACAUAGAAAUGCCUGACUGUGGUUUCCGGGGAAGAGCUGUUCAAGUGAACAGAGAUAUUUGCUGCCCUGAGUGGGAAUGUCCGUGUCGGUGUUCCAUGUUGUCAGAACUCAGCAUUAUUACAUUUGAUGGAAAUAAUGCAGCAUUGUAUAGUAUGGCUUCUUAUAUCUUAGUAAGAAUUCCUGGAGAAGUUAUAGUUGCUCAUAUUGAAAAAUGUUCCAUGAAUCAGAAUGGAAACUCAUUUAAAAAGCUAGCUUCCUCUGGAAGAAUCUCUGCACUUUGUUUUAAGAAGUUAAAUUUGACCACACCUGUACAUAAAGUACUUGUCAAUCGGGCAGCAAGAAAGGUAGAAGUGGAUUCUAUUGCUGUACCCUUGCCUUUUUCAAAUGAAGAUCUGUCCAUAGAGGAUUCUGGUUCAGUGUAUGUGAUUACUACUCCAGCUGGACUAAUCAUAAAGUGGGCUCAUCUUACAGGGAUCAUAGACAUUCAUUUUGGCUCUCAAUUUAACUUGUCAUCCUACACAGAAGGACUUUGUGGAACUUGCAAUGAAGAUCCAGAUGAUGAUCUAAGGAUGCAAAAUGGCACAAUCAUUACGAAUAUAGAAGACAUAGAAUUAUUUAUUGAGAGCUGGGAAAUUGAGAAAUCAUUUGAAGUAACAACGAGGAGACCUUUUAGAAAUUGUACUGAGCACGACUGCAGUCACUGCAUCGAGUUAUUAAAUAGAAGAGUUUUCAUCCCAUGCCAUAAUGAAGUUUCACCACAAGACUUUUGUGAAAAGAUGUGGAUCAAUUAUACCUAUUUUUGGAACUAUGAAUGUGAUGCCCUUUCUGCAUAUGUGGCUCUAUGUAACAAGUUUGACAUUUGCAUUCCAUGGAGAACACCUGAUUACUGCUCUUUGAGUUGCCCAGAGGGGAAGGAAUAUCAACCCUGCGUGCGACCUUGUGAAGCAAGAACAUGUCUGAACAGAUGGUUCUAUGGACACUCUUCAUGUCUGGAUUUAAGAGAAGACUGUGUGUGCAAAAAUGAAACCAUUCUUCACAGGCCAGAGUCAACUCAGUGCAUUCCAGAGGAAGAAUGUGCGUGCACUGAUAGUGAAGACCAGCCUCGAACUGCUGGGGAAGUUUGGAAUGGGGGCAUUGACGAAUGUGCCCUGUACAAAUGUUUGGAGAAUGGAAGCAUUAUUCCCAUAGAACCUGAUUGUGAUGAAGAGCCCUCGCCAAUUUGUGAACGAGAAGCUGAAGUCGUCCUGGGCUUCAUUGAUAAGUGGACCUGCUGUUCAAAGGAAGUUUGCGGCUGUGACAUGACUUUGUGUGAAACUGCCAUUCCAACAUGUACAGAUAGUCAAAAAUUGAUCGUUGGCUAUAGCCCUCUUUCUUGCUGUCCACAGUACCAAUGUGAAUGUGACCCACUCAAAUGCCCCGAAAUUGCAGUGCCAGAAUGCAGAGAAGACCAGUUCAUGCUUCAGGUUCAAGAGGAAGAGACUUGCUGCUUUCCUCCUGCCUGUGUUUGCAAAUCCUGCACUGAACCUAUUCCACUAUGUACUGACGGAGAAUUUCUCACUGUGGAUCUUAAUACUACACAAUUCUGUUGUCCUCAGUAUUACUGUGUGUGUGAGCCAAAUCUCUGUCCUACGCCACUACUCGACUGUGCACAAGAUAUGAAACUUGUGAAAGAAAAUGUAUCUGGUCAAUGUUGUCCAAUAUGGCACUGUGAAUGUAGCUGUGAAAGUCUUGUUGUGCCAACUUGUGAAGUGGGAGAAUUUCAUGCAAUAGACCUCAACUUUCAGAGUGACUGUGGAUGUGUACAGUAUCUCUGUGAAAAGGAUGAUGUGUGUGUGUUUCAAGAAGUAUCAGUAUUGAAUCCUGGCCAAUCUAUGAUAAAGUAUUUGGAAGGGGACUUUUGUUACAUGGUAGAGUGUCUAGAAGAGAAAGAUAACCUUACAGGCUUCCACACUUUGAAUUUUACAAUGUUGAAUUGUUCAAAAGAAUGUGAUGUUCACCAGGUAUACACUCCAUCGCCAAGUGAUUAUGAUUGUUGUGGUACCUGCAAAAAUGUAUCCUGCAAAUUUCAAAUGGAAAAUGGAACAUCAGUUAUAUAUGAGGAGGGGAGUACCUGGAACUAUAAUUGUACCACAUUUGAAUGUGUUAAGACUGACGAAGGGACGAUGAUUCUGAAGUACAGUAUGGUCUGUCCCCCUUUUAAUGAGACUGAAUGCAAAAUGAAUGAAGGGAUUGUAAAGCUUUAUAAUGAAGGCUGUUGCAAGAUCUGCAAACGAGAUGAAAGAAUAUGCCAGAAAGUGAUUAUUAGAUCAAUCAUAAGGAAACAGGACUGUAUAAGUCAAACCUCUAUAAAUGUUGCAUCUUGCGAUGGAAGAUGCCCAUCAGCUACCAUAUUUAACAUCAAUAUUGAGAGCCAUCUAAGAUUCUGUAAGUGUUGUCGUGAAAAUGGGGUACGCAACUUUACUGUGCCACUGUAUUGCUCAGGCAAUGGCACUGAAGUCCUGCACACUCUCCAGGAACCUAUAGACUGCACAUGCCAGUGGAAUUAAAUUCUUGGAUUCCAAGAACUCUAUGCAACAUCAUAAGGUCAAAUGGAGUUAAUUUUUAUCGCUCUUUUUAAGGCACUGGGCAGAUUUAUACUGUUUAAUAAUGUAUUUUUCAGACUAUGGGAUAUGGCAAUUUAACACUUGCUACAAAAUAAAUAAAAUUUCCAGGAAAAACUUCAUUUAUUGACUUAGUCUAUUUUAGAGAAUCAAAUGAUUUUAAGGUGUUCAGCUGAAAUGCUGUUAUGUAUAUAAUUGCAGCAUGCAAUUAUAUUCUCAUCUAUUAGAAGGUUGUUUUGUAGGAUUCUUUCAGUUUCACUCAAUAGUUUUUUCUUUUUAAUUUGAAAAGUCUGCCAUAGCUAUUCGAAAUAAGAUACUCUUCAUUGCUACUAUUUAUUCUGGUAAAUGUAAUCAGUUAAUAGUGGCAUCUGGAUAGUCAUAAAGAGUGGUACGCUUAGAGACUGAUCAUAGAACAAUAGGAUUUUAGAUUAUUUGAAGUCUGAGUGGAUAUUAGGAAUGUUAUUGCAAAUUUCCCUUAUUUUGCAAAUUUAUCAGAUAACCAGAGAAGCUAUGUGACUUGUACAAAUUCAUCCAGUGUAAUGAUAUAGUGAAUUCAUGUUAACAGCUGAUUUAAGUCUACAUCUUUGACAUUCCAGCAAUAUGUUCUUUCCUUUUGAACAGUAUGGUAAGGUGUGUAUCACAGAACCUUUUAUUCUUAAGGAGUUUGCUUUGCCUAGAAUUAAGAAUUUUAAACUCAAUUCCUUUAAAAACAAGGAAAAAAUGCCACACAUACAUAUGUAUAUACAUACAUGUAAUAGUUACCUGAAUAAUAAGGAACGGGGAAAUGUAGCAUCAUUUGCUAAAUAGAGGAGGGAGAUCUCGGGCUUUUAUUUUUUGUACCAUUAAAACUGUUUUCAAAUAUGUUGUUAUUAUUUAACAUUUAGUUAGCUAUUUACUGUCUCAUAGACGUCUGAUAUUUGAGAUGUAUUUGCCUAACUAUUGAAGUUGCAUGCUAUUUUUCUGUUCAUGCUGCUGUUUUGCCAAUGAAGGAUGAAAUAAAAUGAUUUGAAUGUAUUAGUAGUUCUACAGUGGAAUGCCGCACUUUUUAAAGACAGUAGAUUAUUGACAUUUGCAAGGAAUAUAUUCUAAGAUCUUUGCAAACCCCCCAAUUGUUUGCCACUUAUAGUAUAUAAUUAUCUGAUUCUCCUCAUCUGUAAAAAGGAGAGAAUGCCCCACUUGGUAUGAUUGUUGUGAGGAUCAAAUGAAGUUGAACAUCAAUGAGAAAAGAGUAAAACUGCAUUGAAAAGUGGAUGUGGGAGCCUGAUGACUAGGCUGAGCUAGGUGAUUUGUUUCUAUUUCAAAAUCAUGCUACCCAGAAAAAUUACAACAGAUUAGAUAUUUUGGGACCCCCCAGGGUUACUUAGAAAUGGAUGAAAGAAUCAAAUGAACAUUGCAUCUGCAAAGCCCCAGUAUCUACUGUAUAUAAAAAUUGAUUUUAUCUUAUUUGCACUUAAUAACACUUAUAAGUGUUCUGUCUAGACAUUAACAUUUCAAUAUUCUUUGAUUCCUGUUAACAUAUAGAUUGAAUCAAAUCUAUUUGGUUAAAAUAUACUAACAUUUUGCUUAAGAGAAACUGUAUUUACCUCAAAUGAGGUACAUAAUAUUGUAUAUUGUCUACCACUCAUUUCUUUAUUUUCAU